GAGGGGAAGUAUGAUUGAAUGGAAGCGAGGACACACUAUAAUCUGGGUGGGUUCUCUUCACACGGAGCGCCCAUGAAACAGUCUUGUGUCUCCAACCAGUUGACCCAAAUAAAUUAAACUAAUUUGCUUUUAAUUAAAACUCCAGGUGCCCGACUGUUGUGUCAGUAGUUGGCAGAGUCAGUUGUGAGUGACAGAGGAUAUUUAUGAUAUGACACCUUGACUUGUUCAUAUUCGAUUAACUAUGGAGUUAGUUUUUCUUUUGACAGCUUUAAGUGUUGUUGUAGGUCAAACUGUUCCAAACGAUCCGCUAUGGCCAGGAUUUGCACAAUCAUUGUCACAGCAGACAGGGCGGACCAUUCAAGAUAUUAACAUUUUGGGUCUGAGUGAUCCAUCCAUCAAUUUCUUAUGGACAGGUUACAAAGCCAACAUGCCUUCCUAUGUAACCUCACCACCUACAACAACGCCACCACCACUGCCAGACCUCUACCAGACCAGCUACUCAUUCAGCAGUAACACCCUCAAUCAGCCACAAGCCAAUCCACCUGCUACUUCAAACACUGACCUCUACAAGUCCCUCCUUAGCAUCAUCAACCAGGCUCCGGCGAUGAGUCCGCCAGCUGGCAUCAACACUGCUCUAUCACCUACUAGUACAUCAGCCCAGGACGUAAUGAAGGCUUACACUCAAUUAAGUGCUACAGGUUCUGGACAAACUGAUCCCGUGGCCAUGUUGAAAACGGGAACCACCGCUACAAGCGGAUCAACAGACGUGACUGCCCUCAUGCAACAGUAUGCUGCCAUCAUGGGACAAAAUACGCCUACACCUAGUGCUGGUAGUAGCACGUCGGGAACAGCGGGUGUGACGUCACUGAUGCAGCAAUACGCCGCCAUCAUGGGCCAAAAAACUCCAACAGCGGCAGCAUCACCCACCACGGGAGGCACAACGCCAGACAUGUCCGCAUUACUUCAGCAGUACGCUUCAUCUUUGACCGCCAAAACGCCCAGCUAUGCUGAGCUUCUUCAACAAUAUAAUCAAAUUACAAACAGCGCCACGCCUGCCCCAGCCACAUCUAAUCAACUCACGCCGGAACAAAUUAUGAAACUAUAUUCGCAGAUGUCAGCGUCUUCUGGCGGAUCCUUGCCAAUCCCCACUCCUAGUUCGCCAACGGCUAACACCACGGCAUCACCACCAGCGUCUUUGGAUCAACAGCUUGCCGAGUUUUUCCCACAGUUCAAAAACUUGUUUCCUUCAUCCAACGCCACAGGAAACGUGUCGGGUGACCCCACACAGAUGAUCUUCGACACAUUAUUGUUUGGACCGACCUCGCCUACUGGAGUGUCUAAACCACCAGAGCAGACGACGAAACCGCCAGUUCCUAAUCCACUUUUGAAUUUAGUCAAUCCAUCUGAUGGACAAGGGGGAAGUUUAAUCUCCAAUCACGUGGAGAAUGUGUUUAAGACCAAAGCUUCCCGCGAGAUGGGAUGUCGCUUUCUGCCUGAGUUGCUGGAGCUGGAAGUAUUGCCCACAGCUCCUAUUGACUGCAUAGGCAAGUGCCCAUUCCCGUACAUCAACUCACAGAAAUUUGGAGUGUACUGUGUGUGCUGUCCUCCAGGAGUGAAUGACCAACUGGCUGGAAUGAUGUCCAUCUUCAGACGAGCAAGUUAUUUGGAAACACCGUUGACAGUCAUUUCCUAAACAACUUUAGCAAUGUCAUAAUUAGAUUUGUUUUGUUGAACUGUUUAAGCUUACAGAGAUUUGUUUUGUUUUAAUUGUAUAAGCUUACAGAUAGAUUUGUUUUGUUUUAACUGUAUUAGCUUACAGAUGAUUUGUUUUAACUGUAUUAGCUUACAGAUAGAUUUGUUUUGUUUUAACUGUAUUAGCUUACAGAUAGAUUUGUUUUGCUUUAACUGUAUUAGCUUACAGAUAGAUUUGUUUUGCUUUAACUGUAUUAGCUUACAGAUAGAUUUGUUUUGCUUUAACUGUAUUAGCUUACAGAUAGAUUUGUGUGUUUUUUUCUAUCACAAUCCUAACGUUUGCAUGAUAAAUGGCUAUCAAUGAAAUACCGCAUCACGCAAGUACUUUAAAGUAGUUUGAUACUGUGACCUUUUUUUUACUAUUGAUAAAAUAUCUGAUAAAUAAGUAAAUCUAUAUUUGUGAAACAGCUAAAACAGACAUAUGGCAAUGAUUUACUUAUUUUAUAAUCUUUAUCUUCUCAGCAGAAAUAGUUUCUAGGUCUAAUAAAAUUGCCAACUUGAAAUUUGUCUGAAAAAAAUA